AUGGUGCUCUGGAUCGGCAAAAGGCGCGGCUCUGCCCCCAAUGUCCCUGCCUACGUCAUUCUCGUCAACGGCCAGGGGCUUACCAUAUGCCGCUUUCUCCCCUGCAACAUCAACGCGACCCGCGUCUGUCUCGAGCGUCAGCCGCGUCUCGUGAACGAUUUACAGUCUACCGCUGGUGAUCGACAGGAGCGGCAGAAAGAUGCCAUACGAAGCAUCCGGCUCUUCUCCAGCCCUGCCACAUCCGUCAUUGGGAAGGCCAAGAAGGGGCGGGGAUACCGUGCUGAACCGUCCCGCUGA